AUGUCGUUGGCGGUCAAUGACGUUGAUAACAUAGGUUUGCGUGCAUCGGCGCGAAAACACGCCAUCAAGAUAUCGACAUUGAAGGAUCGAUGCGCCGGAAGCCACGACAUCAACACAUCACAUCAGAAAGAACUGUCACUAACGCCGGAGCAGGAGGAAGACCUAGAGACUUAUAUUAUCGAUCGAGAGAAGGCUUUUCAGCCGUUAUCGAAGGCUGAGAUACGGGGCUUUGCACAGCAGUUAUCAGAUGUCAAUGGGCAGAUACCGUAUAUCGGCAAGAACUGGGUAGACAGGUUCUUCACACGACAUCCUUCCAUACAAAAGAAGGCUACGAAGGUAUUCGAAGCAGCUAGGAAACGCUAUGUAACGAGAAAAACCCUUACUGAGUACUACGAUGGCCUCCAUUGGGUUAUUAACGAGAAAAAUAUCACACGGCAACACAUAUACAAUGUCGAUGAAAAUGGCAUGCAACUUGGGGAAACCCGGGCCGGCAUAGUAGCAGGAACAGUCAUGACGGCACGAUCUGAGGUUAUCAAGACCGACAAUUCAACUUGGGCCUCAGUGAUCGAGUGUAUAUCAGCCGGAUCUCGCCGUCUUACGCCUGUUGUCGUAUUUACUGGAAAAAACCUCCAAGGACAGUGGUUUCCUAACGUUUUUCCCAACUGGAAGUAUGAGGCAAGUCUCUCGGGUUGGUCCAAUACAGAUAUCUUCAACCGAUGGUUUAUGGAUACAUUUAUCCGUGAGACAACGCCGUCAGAUCCCUCUCAAUGGAGACUUUUAGUCUUGGACCAGCAUAAAUCACAUAUCACACCGGAAUUGAUGAAAAAGGCUUGGAUGCAUCGAAUUUGGCUCUCUUGGUUACCCUCACAUUCAUCACAUAUUACUCAGCCGCUCGAUGUUGCGGUAUUUGGGCCGUUGAAAACGUACUAUCAUCAGUUAACCCGUGCUUGGGCUACAUACGAAGCAACCUCUCCACAUCAACAACAACUCUUCAUAGAAGCAUACAAAAGGGCUUCUGAAAAAGCUAUAAGCCGUAGGAACAUAAUGAGUGGUUUCUCGGCUUCUGGUGUAUUCCCAGUCGAUGUGAGGAAGGCGAUAGAGGCGUUGAAGCCUAAGGAGAGAAAACGCAAGACCUUUGAGGCACCUAUAACACCAAAGAGGACACAAGUAACUGAGGAUAUGACCUGGAGUACGCCUCAAGGAAGUGCCGAUAUUCAAAAACAACAGAAAGCUGCCCAAAGUGAAGGAAUUGUAUCGAUCCGUGACUUCAAUUGUAUCAUGACGAAGAUGAUGAAGUCAAUUGACAACAAAAACAGCCAAAUUCAACGCCUUGAGGAGGAAAAAGCUAUUCUUAAAGCUUCAGCUGCAGCGAAAGAACCUACCGGCCGAGUCCCAGUUCAAUUUGACCCAAAUGUAGCUUUCCCUUCAAUUGACGAGAUCAUCACGGCGAGGGAUCAAGCUGAAAAGAAUCAAAGAGAAGCGAAGAUGACUCUGCAAGCUAUUGUGGUCAUGGCGCCACAACCAGCGAAUUUGGACAACCAGCCAGUAUCCAUCUUCCUCGCAGGCACCACGACAAAAACAAGCAAGCCAGAUUGGCGCCAAGUCAUCACGGGUGCCUUGCUCAACUAUCCCGUUACAAUCCUUAAUCCCAAUCGACCCGACUGGGAUAGCACAUGGAGAGAAGAUUUUUCAGAUAAGCGCUGGGUAGAGCAAGUCUCAUGGGAGCUAGACAUGCAAGAAGCCGCAGAUAUUAUUGUUUUCAUGUUGCAUGAAGUCACAGAAGCACCAAUCAGCCUCAUGGAGCUUGGAUUGGCGGUCAGGACGAAGUCGGUCAUCGUUUGCGCCCAUCCUGACUAUAGAAAAAGAGGGAAUGUGGAUGCAGUCUGUCGAAGGUUUGGUGCAAAGUUACUGAGCACGCAAGAGGAACUCGUCGAAUGUUUGAUCGCAAUGCUAGAGGAGGUCAAACUGACAAAACCUCAAGGAAUGCUAUCCAGCUGA